CUGGCAAAAGGAAAUGGCGACAAUGGCCUCGUGUAGCAUACUUGUGGUGGCGUUUUCGUGUAUUUUGAAAGUAGGAAGUCUCCCUACAACGAUUACCGUAGAUGCCCCAAACCCUACAUCAAGUUCCCACGUCGAUCUCAUCCUUGACUCACCACACCACCACGGGCAGGCCCCGGAACAAAAACCGCACCAGCACCACAGUAGUCCCAGUAGUCACGAUCACAGCAGUCACGUAAACAAGACGUCAUUGGGAAGUCUAAUUCACCACUUACUGGAUAAGGAUGAAAGUCACGUGACGCCUGUUGUACAGUCCUUCACCAGCUGUGUCACUAACUGUCUGCACCCCAAACAUCCCCCUAACCCUCCGGAGGACCAGGACGACGUCGGACACGACUGGCACGAGAACCAUAAAGGAGGACCAGAUGUCCACGUCCACCCCGAAAGAAACAGCGACGAUGAUUUCGACGACGAAGACUCUGCCGAUAUUUUAAGUCAAGUUGGAGAAUUAUUGAGAGGAAGCAGUUAUCACGACCCCCUCAAUAGUCAUCCGGGUCCCGCUGGCGGUCACCUUGACGACGACAUCAGCCGUUACUGGAUGUGCAGUCACGCAUGUUUAUUGACAACUAGCCAAUACGUGAUCGGUUGAAUGAAACUUCGUGGAUAUAUUAUUUUACAAAUAUAUUUAUUGGUUACUGAAAUACAC